AUGGUUCAACCCAUCAACACUUGCAUCCUCGGUGUUGGCCUCUCUGGCCUCACCUUCCAUGUGCCCUUUAUUCUUGCGCUACCCGAAAUAUUUAACCUCCACUCCGUUCUCGAACGCAAUCCCAAGGCGGAAGGAGGAAAGGUAAAGGAACGCUUCGGCGUUGCUCCGAAAAUCCACAAGACCCUCGAUGCUGUCCUUAGCGACCAGGAAAUCGAGCUCGUUAUCAUCGGUACUCCCAAUGACACUCACUACAAGUUCGCGAAGGCAGUUUUGAACGCGGGCAAGCACGUUCUGGUGGAUAAACCUGUCACUGCUACUUCACAGCAGGCGAAGGAACUCAAUGAUCUGGCCAAAUUCAAAGGUCUCGUUCUGUACGCCUUCCAAAACCGACGUUGGGAUUCGGAUUUCCUCGCUCUAAAGUGUCUGCUUUCCGAACCUGAGACAUCUCCAAAUUCACUCGGCACCAUUACCGAACUUGAAUCCCACUAUGACCGAUUCCGCAAAGGUCUAAAGGGAACCUGGAAGGACGAACCUCUGCCCGCGGCAGGAAUCACUUAUGACCUUGGAUCGCAUCUUAUCGACCAGACAUUGUGCUUGUUCGGUCGACCAACUCGUUUGACAGCUUUCAUCCAGAAUUUGCGAGGAGUUGGAAAUCCAAAUGUAGACGAUUGCUUUACUAUCUACCUCCACUACGACGCUGGAUCUCGAAGUGCAUAUCCCUUGACUGUUAUCCUGCGUUCUCAUAUUCUAUCCGUAAGGGCACCACAGCUCCGUUACGUUGUCCGAGGAACCAAAGGGACGUACACCAAGUAUGGGCUGGAUGUUCAAGAAGACCAGCUCAAGGUGAUAUCGACACCGAAAGGCAUACUUGAGAAUCAAUUUGGGAGAGAACCAGAAAGCAUCUGGGGCUCUAUCGAGAGGGUGGAAGCGGACGACAUUACUGUAUCGAAAUUCAGCUGGCCAUCGAAGGACCCUGGGGCCUACAUCGAGCUGUUCCGAAAUCUAGGUGCCGCGAUCCGCGAAGGGGCUGAGCUGGUCGUGAAGUGGGAGGAGGCGACAGCAGUAAUUAAGAUGGUCGAGCUUGCGCACAAGAGUUCGCAAGAGGGAAUGACGAUUGCUGUGCAGUGA